CAAAUACACUUUAACAACACGCAAUUAUUAUUAAAUAAAACUUAACCUAUCCUAAUAUUAAGAAACAUUUGUUGCAUUUUUUUUAAAUGUUGAAAAAGCUAUGAUAGUAUUUCGGAUUCUGCUUUUGUUCGGUGCAUGGCAACAUGUUCAAUGCACGGAAGAACACGUUGUUUGCAAGCGUAAUUAUCAAAAGAUUGGUUGUUUCAACGGUAUGACUGGCUUAUUUAAACAAGAACUUGUAAAUGAUCGAGACUUGACUUCAGAAUAUUCAACCAAUCAUUUGACGGAUUGGGGAAAGUUUGCCGCUUCCAUACACAGCUUGGCUUGUCGCUGUUCAAAGAAAGCUAGAUCUUCCAAAUAUAAAUACUUUGGGAUAAGGAAUUAUGGAUUGUGUUUUGGUGGCAAUGAUAUUAAAGCAUUACGAAAACAAAUGGAAAUGCGCAAGCACAGCGACCCCAGCAAUUGUAUUACUGGACAAUUUACUGUAUGCAACGCAAAGGAAAAAGCUGAAUGCGCGGGAAAUGCCGGAGGAGAGUACAUCUACGAAUUGAAUGUUAACGACUCCGAUAGCAAUAAAACCACAGUGGUUAUCAAUGGUGGUUUUAGUAGCUGGGGUAAAUUUGGAGCGUGUUCCAUGACCUGCGGUUUGGGUAUUUCAACAAGAGAAAGAACAUGCACAAAUCCUGAACCACAAGGCAAAGGGGCAAAGGAUUGCACUGAAAUUGGAGAUUACACUGAAACUCGAUAUUGCAUGGUCAAAAAAUGCAACACAGUGAUAGACGGCGGUUACAGUAGCUGGUCAAGAUUUAGCUUUUGUUCCGCUACAUGUGGCGAUGGCUUUAAAACAAGAUCAAGGACAUGUACGAAUCCAAAACCAAAAGGGAUUACUGCUAAAAACUGUUUAAGGCUUGGCCCUGCUACGGAGACCAUAAGGUGUAAUGCGCAGGAAUGCCCUCCAGAUAUUACUUGUGAAUAUGUAACUGGAGAUGGAUUAGGAAAAGACGAAGUGUAUGGUGGAAUGGGAAAAACUGCGGAGGAAUGUGUUUCGAUUUGUUACAAGAAACGAAACGUGUAUCAUGACAUCAACGGUGUAACCAUUCCGAAGACUGGUUAUAAAUGGUGCUACUGUGAAAGAGGGAUGACUGGUAGAAACACGUUAGAGGAAGGUUAUCAAAGUUGUAUGAUGAUUUUACCAGUGGAUGGCAUAUAUUCAACUUGGUCGAAAUGGACAGAAUGCUCGAAAUCAUGCGCCUCCGGAGUUCAACAUCGUAUGAGAAGUUGCACUGCCCCCAAAAAUGGGGGAAAGCCUUGCCAAGGUCCAAGCACUGAAAGCAGACAAUGUAAUACGUUCAGUUGUCCAGACUUCUCCUGCAAUUUUGCGAGUGGUGAAGGCUCAGGAAGAUCUGAUUGGAACAUUGGAACUCGUAUCAGUGUUACGGAAUGUGUGAUGGAUUGCGUAGAAAGAAGAAAGUAUAAUCCAGAAAUUAAUGGUGUGUCAGUUCCAACAAACGGUAAAGUCACAUGUUAUUGCGAGAAAGGAAUGAGAAAUCGAACCACUUCAUCGUUUUGGAAAAGCUGCUUCUUGCUGUUUCCAGUUGAUGGCAGAUUAUCAGAAUGGACAACGUGGUCUUCUUGCACUAAAUCAUGUGAUGGCGGCAACCAGACAAGGACAAGAACUUGUACUCCACCGCAACGUGGUGGUAAAUCAUGUAGCGGUCAAUUGAUGGAAAGAAACCAAUGCAACAUGGCUAAAUGUCCUUCGUUUAGGUGUGAAUUUGCAAGCGGCGAUGGAAAAAGUCUUAAAGAAAUCUACGUAGGAAAGACAAACUCAGAAGUAGAGUGUGUAAUAACUUGUCAUGAAAAGAGAGCAACCUAUCCAGACAUCAAUGGCGUGUCUGUUUCAAUGGGAGGCGACUCGAGUUGUUAUUGUAAAAGAGGAAUGUAUAAUCGAACCUAUUCAUUGCUUUGGAAAAGUUGUUUCAUGCAAAUACCCAUUGAUGGCUACUUUUCCGAUUGGUCACAAUGGUCCUCAUGCUCAGCAUCGUGUGGCGGUGGUAAGGAAGAACGAACAAGAGAAUGUAUAGAACCAGCACGAGGAGGUACACCGUGUCUUGGCAAGAAGGUUGAAUCAAAACCAUGCAACACUUUAAGAUGUCCUGAUUUCAAAUGUGAUUUUAAAAACGGUGACGGGAUAGGAGGAACAGAAUAUUACGCUGGCGUGCAAUCAUCACUUGUGGCUUGUCUUCUUACAUGCAACGAAAGACGUUCAAUAUACCCGGACAUUAAUGGUGUGUCUGUCCCAAACAGUGGAGAAAUUAGCUGUUACUGUAAAAGAGGAAUGACAAACAGAAGUCGUUCGUAUACUUGGAAAAGUUGCUUCAUGCUAGUUCCUAUUGAUGGAUAUUUCUCUGAGUGGUCUGACUGGACAAAAUGCUCAGAAUCAUGUGAUGGAGGUUUGCAAGAACGAACAAGAAAAUGUAUUGCUCCUGUUCGUGGUGGAAAGCCUUGCAAUGGAACCACAAAACAAAUGAUGACAUGUAAUAGAAUAAAAUGCCCACCAUUUAAGUGUGAAUUCCAGCCUGGUGACGGAAUAGCCAAAGAAGAUCUGUUUGCAGGAACACAACGUUCUGUUGUGGAUUGUAUAUGGGCAUGUGAUAGAAAGCGAGCAAUUUUCACAGAUAUUAACGGUGUCUCUGUUCCAACCAGUGGCCGGAUCAGUUGCUACUGCAAGCGUGGAAUGAAAAAGCUGUCACUUUCAAAAAUCUGGAAGAGCUGUUUUAUGCUGGUUCCAAUUGAUGGAAUACUUAAACCAUGGUCCACUUGGUCUCCUUGUUCGAAGUCGUGUAAUGGAGGUGUUCAGAAGCGAACAAGAGGAUGUACAGAGCCUGUGCGAGGUGGGAAGCCAUGCCAAGGUGAAAAGACGCAAUCAAGACAUUGCAAUGCGAUUACGUGUCCAUCAUUUGCCUGUGAGCUGAAACCAGGUGAUGGAAUCGGUGGUAGUGACAUAUACCUUGGUGAAAAAGCAUCUGUUGUGGAAUGCAUUUUGGCAUGUGCUGCGGAGGCUAGAGGCUUUCCAGAUAUAAAUGGAGUUUCUGUGCCAACUUCUGGAGAAGUAAGAUGCUAUUGCGAACGUGGAAUGAAGAAUAGGACACGGUCUUACAUAUGGAAAAGUUGUUUUAUGCUGUUACCUGUAAAUGGGCGAUAUUCCGAGUGGUCGUCAUGGUCAGAAUGCUCUGAAUCGUGUGGGGGCGGUCAAAUGAAAAGAAUUCGCCAAUGCAACGAUCCUGCUCCGUUAAGAGGUGGCAAGCCAUGCCAUGGUCCUUCAGUGGACACUAAAUCAUGUAACAAAAUAAAAUGCCCAAGGUACACAUGUAACUUUAGUUCUGGUGAGGCUGUUGGCGGCACAGAUGUAUAUGCUGGUUUCUUCAACAAACCCGUAGAAUGUCUUCUUGCUUGCGAAAAGAAAGCAGUCGAAUAUAGUGACAUCAAUGGCGUUUCCAUUCCAGUGGACGGAGAUGUUGAAUGUUAUUGCAACAUUGGCAUGAAGAAAAGGAACACUAGAAGAUCAUGGAAGAGUUGCUUUGCAAGCAUUCCUGUUGACGGACAGUAUUCUACCUGGAUGGCUUGGUCCAAGUGCACCAAAUCAUGUGGUGGUGGAACACAAGAACGAACAAGAACAUGUACUCCACCACUAAGAGGUGGUAAUCCAUGCCAAGGUGACAAAAUUCAAAAAAGAAAAUGCAACACAGAUUCAUGUCCCAGUGCCAUUGCAUGCAAAUUUUUGUCUGGAGAAGGUAUGGGCGAUGAUGAAAUAGAUGUAGGUCCAAAAAAUAGCGUGGAGGAGUGUGUCAAGGAAUGCCGAAAGCAGAAGUUAAAAUUUCCAGCUAUUAAUGGCGUAUCUAUGACCAGUAGUAAGCCAAUGCAAUGUUUAUGCGAAAUCAAUAUGAAAGAUCGCAUUCCUAUUUUCGACUGGAAAAGUUGUAAAAUUUAUGAGUAAGCUAAUAUAAACAAUAUUGCUUGA